AUGAGAUCCGGCCGUGAGCCCCACAGGUCCACAAGGAUCUGGCUGGGCACGUACCCGACGCCGAUGGCUGGCGCCGCGUACGCCGCCGCCCCAUUGGCACUGCCAGGGGCGAAGCCAGACGAUUGUGCCACCGGGGCGCCGAGGCCGCGCUCAACUUCCCCGGCGCGGCCGCGUCCCGCCCGGUGCUCCCCCGACGACAUCCGCGCGGCGGCGGUGGCUGCCUCGAUGGCUGGUCGUCCGGGUGAAUGCGCUGACCAUUCCUAUCUGCCGCAGGCGGCUACGACGGCGAGUACGUCCGGGUCGGAGGCCGGCGGUGCAUCGGUAUCGGCUUCGGAUCGGAGCAGCGGGCGGGAGAGGCGCAUUGUGGACGAGGACGACAUCCUCCGGAUGCUGCGGCUGCUGGAAGUGGAGGGCAUGGCCGAGGGGCUGAUGAUGAGCCCGCCCGUCGAGGCUGAGCCCCACGGCGGACGGAGCCGAGUCGCUGGAGGAGGACAACAAUGA